AUGGAGAAUUCAAGCAAUUAUCACUUACUAUCGAAGCUUUCAAGGUUACGAAAGAAACCGCAGCAACCACUAACCGAUCUAACGGAACUAUAUGGUAGAAUAGCUAAUGAGAGCAUCUAUUUUUUGAAAUUGGAGGAAAUAGGCGAUUAUAGAGCUGCAUUGCAGGGUUGGAAAGCGCUGAAUACCGAUGCAAUGUAUCGGUUGACACUGAUAGAUCAUGAACAUCCUGACGUUUCAUCAUACACAAGAGAAGAGACGAGCAUAAAAUCUGGUGUACGAGAGUUGUACCAUAAAAGUUUAAAGCAUUUGGAAAGAGUCAAGAAAUUAUGCGAUGAAGAUCAAUCGAAGCAAUCGAGUAAUGGGCCCAGAGAAACUAUUCAGCAUAAAGUGCAUGAAAAUUCAUCCUUUGUCAAGAGACCUCAUUUGCAACAUACACUUAAUGGAUCCUCGAGGAAAAUGGUAACAACCCUGCGAGACGGCGGGCCAAGAGGCUUGUCAUCAUCUCUGCGCUCUCGUAAUUCAUCUGAGUCGAAAAGAGUACCUGCUGCAUCUAGUUCUCAAAAUAGAGUUAAUUUCACGGCAUCAAAGCCAUUGGUAAAAUCAAAUGCAUCUUCGAUAAAUGAUGGCGAGAGCACAAAUGAACGAUUUGAAGGCUUUGACAACGAAACAGAUUUGAUUGAUCUAACGCAAACAAGUGACGAAGAGGUGUUGAGUACUGGGAAGGAGAGCGCACAGGCGAGCCUCGAGGAUGAUCCUUUUGACUUCGAUUUUGAAGAUUAUUAUGGCGACGAUGACAAGACAAACGGUGCCAAUGACCAGGAUAAUGAAGAAACAAGGAGGCUGGAAAUUUUUGGACACAUAGAACGUCAGAUUUCAAAUAUGUCAAUGAAUUCACCACCUAUGGUGCCCGCUCCAAGUUUGCCGUCUCAGGACAAACCGACUACUCCGAGAGAAAGACCCCCUGUUCCAACCAACCAGCCUCCUAUUCCAACCAAUCAACCACCUACCUCAACUAAUCAGCCGCCUGUACAUACUAUUAGAGCAUCCAUCGAUCCAGCUCCCAAAACUGCAAGUCGGCCUGGGCAACCCUUUCAAAAAUCGCAUAACAGUACAGGAGCUUUGGUCCCUACCAAUUCAAGCAAAACCGGUUCAAAGCCAAGACCUGCUGGAAAACUGAACCUUCCAGCUAACACGAAAGCUACAAAAUCUACUCCAACGUUGGUCAAUAGACAAAAAAUCAUUCAAGCCCCUACCCAACCAUCAGCAGGCCCGACAAGACCUCAAACUGCAUCUACAGCUGCCAAGAGAGUGCUCGGAUUAUCGACAGAGCCAACACAUAGGGCAAAGCCUAAUCAGCACGCCAGACAGCCAAUGUCAAAGAGAGCUCCUGUUAGCACAGCCAAAAGACCUCCAACUGCCGCAAAGCCUCCAUUGACGAUUGCAGCAGACAAAAAAGAAGCUCAAGAAAGCUAUAUCCAUGCAAAUAGUAGAUCGUCGAAGGACAGAUCAAUCUCACCAUCAUCGGCAUCCUCGGAGUCCUUGCCAUCCAGUCGACAAAGACCCAACAGUGAAACCAAAGAGACCGCAAAUCCAGCACCCAGCGUAGUAGCUCCACCAUUGCCCUCUUCUGAAAGUGGCACCGAGAACGAGCAAGAUGGAUUGAAGGAGAUGUUGGAAGAAGAGAUCAUAAACUCGCUUCGAGGUGUGGAUAAGACUGCCGCCAAGCAAAUAUUUGCCGAGAUUGUUGUUCAUGGCGACGAAGUGCAUUGGGAUGACAUCGCUGGCUUGGAAAGUGCAAAGAGCUCUUUAAAAGAAGCCGUGGUUUACCCGUUCCUGAGACCAGAUCUUUUCCGAGGCUUGAGAGAGCCCGUGAGAGGUAUGCUAUUGUUUGGCCCCCCUGGAACAGGUAAGACGAUGUUAGCUCGUGCUGUAGCCACUGAAUCACAUUCGUACUUUUUUUCCAUUAGUGCUUCCAGUUUGACUUCCAAAUACCUAGGUGAGAGUGAAAAAUUGGUGAGAGCGCUAUUCGCAGUGGCCAAGAAGCUAUCACCCUCGAUCAUUUUCGUUGACGAGAUUGACUCUAUUAUGGGUAGUCGUAAUAGUGAAGGCGAGAACGAAUCCAGUAGAAGAAUCAAGAACGAGUUUCUCAUUCAGUGGUCCUCUCUUUCAUCGGCAGCUGCAGGAAACAAUAAAGAUGAUGCUGGUGACGAAGAUGAUGAGAGAGUGCUAGUUUUAGCGGCGACAAAUUUACCGUGGUCGAUCGAUGAGGCCGCAAGAAGAAGAUUCGUAAGAAGACAAUACAUUCCGCUGCCAGAACCGGAAACGAGAAGCGUGCAUCUGAAGAGACUACUUUCACAUCAGAAGCACACUCUAACCGAGGAAGAUUUCAUCACUCUUCUAACCUUAACAGAAGGGUUUUCAGGAAGUGAUAUAACAUCAUUAGCCAAAGACGCAGCAAUGGGACCAUUACGAGAAUUAGGUGACAAGCUAUUACUGACGCCGACGGAAAGCAUACGUUCCAUGGCGUUGAAGGAUUUCCAGAGCAGUCUCAACUACAUUAAACCCUCAGUAUCACAAGAAGGUCUUGAGAGAUACGAAGAUUGGGCAGCAAAGUUUGGAUCCUCGGGCAUAUGA